AUGGCGUCUCUCGGCGAUGAUUUGCUCGUCACUGUGAACAAGCUGCAGGACCUGGUCUUCAACACGAUCGGCAAUGACUCUCUCGAUCUUCCUCAGAUUGUCGUUGUUGGUUCCCAGUCGUCUGGCAAAUCGUCCGUCUUGGAGAACAUUGUCGGACGAGACUUUUUGCCGCGUGGCAGUGGCAUCGUCACUCGUCGUCCCCUGAUUCUUCAACUCAUCAACAUCCCCAGCGAGCGCCCCGACCGGCCCGAGAACGACGAAGUCCAUGUCCCGCACACCCCUGAAAGCGUUGCUGGUCAACAUGAGUGGGCCGAGUUCCAUCACCUCCCAGGUCGCAAGUUUGAGGACUUCUUGAUGGUGAAGCAGGAGAUCGAAGCGGAGACAGCGCGCAUUGCUGGGAGCAACAAGGGCAUCAACAGGCAGCCGAUCAACCUGAAAAUCUUCUCCCCACACGUCCUGAAUUUGACGUUGGUGGACCUGCCAGGUCUGACCAAGGUGCCUAUUGGUGACCAACCGUCCGACAUCGAGAAGCAGACCCGGACCUUGAUUCUUGAAUAUAUCGCCAAGCCGAACAGUAUCAUUCUCGCUGUUUCACCCGCCAAUGUGGACCUGGUCAACUCGGAGGCUCUGAAGCUUGCUCGUCAGGUCGACCCAAUGGGCCGCCGAACCAUCGGAGUCUUGUCUAAAUUGGACCUGAUGGACCACGGCACAAAUGCGAUGGACAUCCUCUCUGGUCGGGUGUACCCCUUGAAGCUGGGCUUCAUUGGCGUGGUCAACCGCUCGCAGCAGGAUAUCCAGUGCGGCAAGUCGCUCUCCGAGGCUCUGCGCGCCGAAGCAGACUUUUUCCGUCAUCACCCAGCCUAUCGAAAUAUGGCCAAUCGAUGUGGCACACAGUUUUUGGCCAAAACUCUCAAUUCGACGCUGAUGGCACACAUUCGAGACCGUCUCCCAGAUAUCAAGGCCCGUUUGAACACUCUGAUGGGGCAGACGCAACAAGAACUGGCCAGCUAUGGGAACAAGCAGUUCAGCGGGAAAGAACAUCGUGGCUCUUUGAUCCUUCAGCUCAUGACACGAUUCGCCUCAUCUUUCAUCUCGUCUAUUGACGGAACAUCAUCCGAGAUCUCCACCAAGGAGCUCUGCGGCGGCGCGCGUAUCUACUACAUCUUCAACGAAGUCUUUGGAAACUCUUUGGAGACAAUUGAUCCCACCCAUAACUUGACAGUCUCCGAUAUCAGAACCGCGAUCCGGAACUCAACAGGUCCUCGCCCUAGCUUGUUCGUGCCCGAACUCGCCUUUGAUCUCCUGGUUAAGCCGCAGAUCAAGCUGCUUGAGGCGCCCGCUCAACGAUGUGUUGAGCUGGUCUACGAAGAGUUGAUCAAGAUUUGUCACACCUGCGGCUCUCAGGAACUUUUGCGAUUCCCUCGUCUGCAGGGUAAGCUAAUUGAAGUCGUGUCGGACCUUCUCCGCGAGCGAUUGGGCCCCUGCUCUGGCUAUGUGGAGUCUUUGAUCUCCAUCCAGCGGGCCUACAUCAACACCAACCACCCCAACUUCCCUGGCGCUGCCGCCGCCAUGCAGUCCAUCAUCCAGAACAGACAAGAGGAGGAACGCAAAGUCCUUUUGGCUGAGGAGAAGCGCAAGCGUGAGAAGCGACGCCAAAAGGAGCUCACUGCCGCAAACGGAGCUGCUGGCGGGCCAGACGAUGAGGAUGCACAGGCCGAGUCCAAGACCCUACCACUUCGGAAUCAGUCCGGGAAACCGACCCGAAGCAUGUCGCCUCACGUUGGCCGGGGUGCAGAGAAUGGAAUCGCUGCCACUUUGAACGGUGCUCACGCAGGCAGUGCGGCCGCAUUUGGUAGCUCACACCAUACCACGCGUGACUCAUUCCUCAACUACUUCUUUGGUAAAGAGGGUGGUCUGUCAAGUGCCGCGACUGCGCCUCAGCCGGGUUUGACCCGGCCAGUGACUCAUCACAGUGAACCGAGCAUCAGUCAGAGCAUUCGUCGUCAAGAGGUUCGGUCACCAGUCUUGCCGGUGGAGGAAUACCCAGCACCUCCCAGCGAAUUUGGCGGAGACAUAUCCUCUUUCCCCCAUGAAAAUGCGGAGCCCACCUUGACGGACCGCGAGAUUCUCGAAACCGAGCUCAUCCGCCGUCUUAUCUCCUCCUACUUCAACAUCGUGCGGGAAACCAUUGCCGACCAAGUUCCUAAGGCGAUUAUGCACCUGCUCGUCAACCACAGUAAAGAUGUUGUGCAAAACCGACUCGUCAGCGAACUCUACAAAGAGGAUUUGUUUGGCGAAUUGCUCUAUGAAGACGAUGGCAUCAAGGCCGAGCGAGAAAAAUGCGAGCGAUUGUUGGAGACUUACAAGGAAGCCGCCAAGAUCGUGGGCGAAGUUUUAUAG